CUUUUUUUUCGUUUUUCUUCUUUGGCUCGUUUAUAUAAAUAUUCCUGAAAUUGUUUAUUGCUCGUUCUUUUUUACUUUUUAAAUUUUGGCUCAGAAAAUCAUCACCUAGUUUUAUCUAUUUGGCUUUGGACUUAUAAUCAUUAUUAACUACAAUUAUCAAGAUGUCUGCAAACGAUCAUGAAUUUGAAGCAGCUCACGCUGGUGCUUCUACCACCUAUCCAAUGCAAUGCUCUGCUUUACGUAAAAAUGGUUUUGUUGUCAUUAAAGGCAGACCUUGUAAAAUUGUUGACAUGUCCACCUCCAAAACCGGUAAGCAUGGUCAUGCUAAAGUCCAUUUAGUCGCUAUAGAUAUCUUUACUGGUAAAAAAUUAGAAGAUUUGUCUCCUUCCACUCACAAUAUGUUAGUUCCUAUCGUUAAAAGAAAUGAAUAUCAACUAAUAGAUAUUGAUGAUGGUUACCUUUCCUUAAUGGAUUCCGAAGGUGAAACCAAAGAUGAUGUUAAACUUCCAGAAAGUGAUUUAGGUCAAAAAUUAGAAGCUGAUUUUGAUGAUGGUAAAGAUUUAAGCGUCACCAUUAUUUCUGCUAUGGGUGAAGAAGCCUGUAUUUCAUAUAAAGAAAGUUCCGGUUUAAAAUAAGUUAGUUGACAAGAUUAUAAACUUACUCUUAUUUUUAUAAAUAACUAUAUUCUUUAUUUAUCUAGUCAAUGUCAAUUCUAAAUUACUCAUAACAUUCAAAAUACUUUUUUAUGAUCAUUCGCUUUGCGGAAAUAACACUAAAUGAUACUUGAUUCAUCUUACAACCUUACAAAUUAUUAUUCUAUUUUACAGUUUUAUUAUCUUAAUUAGUUGAUUAGUUUAUUUAACACAGACCACACUAUCAUUUAUAUACUAUAUAAAUAUUUAUAAAGACUUCCAUUUUAAUUCCAAAAGUUCUUUUAUCGGUAAAAAAAAACAAAAUAAACA